GAUAUCGAAAAGUUCAUGGCAGCUUUCCCUCCGGGCAAGUACUCCAGCCCCGCCUCCGCCAGAGCCUGUUGGAACAUCCUCCGCCGCAAGCUCAAGCUGAACAGUACCGCUCCCAUUGGCAACGGCAAUGUUGAGGACGACACCGCUGCCCCUGUGCCCGCCCCAAAGAAGGGAGGUGACCGACCUGUUAAGCACGUCAAGGCUCCCGCCGACGCCAAUGACGACCAGGGGAGCGACGUUGCUCCGCCCGCCAAGAAGCGAAAGGCCUUGCCCGAAGCUGCCAUCAAGUAGAAGCCUGUCAAGUUCAAUUUUAAGGAGGAGGCUCAUUUGAACGAUGCACCCAAAGAAGCUUCAACGCCUGAGACGUUGUACGAAAACGAACACAACGCUGCCCAGCCCAUGUUGGAGUCUGGCGAGGCUUAAAUUCUAC